UGCACCGCUCCUCCUUUUUGGAAGCGCAGAAGCAGGCAAGUAUGGAGGACCAUGUGGAGUUCCUUCUCCUUGCCGAGUUUGACAUUGACGAGGGCUCGCUGCUCUCGGUCCAAUACCCAACCGCAACCGGUAUCGAGGAGCAGUGCCUGGCCGAGCUCAUGCUGCCAGACGGAGCGCACAAUCGGGAGGAGGACUGGACGGUGUUCUUCAUCAAUCGUGACGAGAAUGAGCAGGUGCUGGGAUCAAGCGCGGCGGCGGCGUCCGAGAGCAGGGCUGACGAGGCUGCGGAGCGGCAAGUUGUGCUCGAGGCAUGGACGUAUCAGUUCAAUCCGGAGAUGGAUGAGUGGCAGCAGCUGGACGAUGACAUGAAGCUGCUUGUGCUCCUGCCGACGGAGAUUAUUGUGUGCCAGCGGAACCGCGAGGAGCUGCUUGUGCUCUCGUGCGACGAAGCGAUCGAAUACCGGCAGCUGGAGCCGACGUUUUCUGUGGCAAUGACGUCAGAGGCAGCAGUGGCGUUCCGGUUUGCGUCGCCGGAGGACGACCUCAUCUUUCUGGAGCACUGCGAGCUGCUUGCGACGACGGACAAGGCUGUAGUGGAGCAGGACACACCAGACGUGGACGAUGAGGUGGAGGGAGCGGAGGACUCGAAGCCGCCAUUCCUGUAUUGCAUGAAUCUUGUGCGGACGCAGAAGAACGCCGAGUGGACUCGCGGGGCCAAGGUGAAGGCGAUGGCGAUCUGCUCCAAGCACCAGUACAUGCAUGUGUUCAAGCCGCUGCUCAUCCUCGCGCUGGAGCAGUACUUUGUGACGCCCGAGGUUGCCGUGAUCGAGGACCUGUUCAACGCCAUCAACUCGAUGGAUCUUCGGUCGCUCCCACAGUACUCGCUGGCGGAGAAGAAGUUGCUCCGGGCGUCGACGUCGGACUUUGGAGUGCCGCUCGUCUACUCGUCGCAUGUCAAGUACGGACCGGCCAAGAUUCCUGUCAAGGUCCCGCUCAUCAUGCUGCCUGACGAGGUGUCUGAGCAGUCGAUUGUGCCGCUCAUCCACAAGUUUGGCGAGGAGAUCAUGACGAUCUACAAUGCGCUGCUGCUGGAGCGGAGAGUCAUUUUCCUUGGGUACGGGCACCCUGCGGGCGAGGUGUGCGACGCGGUGCUGGGCGCCAUGUCGAUGGUGUCACCACCGCUGCCGGCGGUCAUCAAGCGGACGUUCCCGUACACCAAUCUGGUCAACCUCGACUUUCUGCAGCUCUCGUCGUUCUGCGCCGGCACGACGAACCUCAUUUUCCAGCAGCGCGAGGACUGGUGGGACGUGCUGUGCGAUCUGGAGACGGGCAAGGUUGUACUCUCGCAACGGAUGCAGUUGGAGCGGAAGGAGAACCCGUCGAACCAUGCGUCGCAGGACACGGAGCUCUUUGCUGAAGUCAUGUUUGCGGUCGAGAACCACUACGGGGCUUCCAAGAUCCUGGGCCUCUUCCAGGAGUACACCCAGUUCAACAUCGACCUUGCGCGCGCGCGGGUCGAGUUUCCCAACACCUCGCUCAAGUCGCGGACGCUUGACUGUAACCGCAAGCGAACGGACAAGCUCAAGCGGACAGCGACAUUCAAGCACUACGUGUCACUCUCCAACGAGGCUGCGGCCGAGUCGGCGCUGCAGGGCGCAGACGUCGAGCUCUCGGUGGCCAAGCUUCGGGUCCAGCGACUCGACGACGACGAAAUGCUGCGGGUCUUCCAGGAGUUUAUCGGCUCGGUGGUGUCGGACGCCCAGAUCACCGAGUUUCUGCAGUUCUUCCCCGAGGACCGUGACGGGCUUGCGCCGCUUGGCACCGGCCUCUUCCACGCCUCGGAGGAGGUCCGCGCCCUCGCCGUUGAGCUGCUCUCGCGGAUUGAGAAGAACAAGUACGGCCGCAUUCUUGUGCAGUCGCUCAACAAGUUUAUCCUCUCCGCAUUCCGGCGGAACCAGUUCCUUGUCGGCUAGCUACGGCAAGGUAGAGAGCCUCGGCUGGUGGAACGAAUGAAGAUGACGGCUGGCCACGACUACAAUACCUCGAGCGUGAUGUAGCGGAUCUCCGGG